CUGUAUGGAUAUGAGCAAGCCACAUACUUUAUGUAUUCCUUUAUAUUCCUCGUAAUGCGAUCGUUAGCGGUUUCGUUGAUAGCGGCCCGUGUGUAUGCAUCUAGUCGCAAGCCAGCUAUCUCUUUGUACGAGGUGUCAUCGACUGCAUACUGUACUGAGAUUCAGAGGUUUAUAGACCAAAUCCAAGGAGAUACAGUUGCAUUAAGUGGGCUUCAAUUUUUUAAUAUUAAAAAAGGACUAGUGCUGUCUAUUGUGGGAACAAUUGUGACAUAUGAACUAGUCUUACUACAGUUUACUGGAAUGACUCCGACAUCAAGUCCCCCAGCCGCUGAUUAA